CAAUAUCAAAACUGUUAUGGAGACAACCUCUGGUGAAGUGUAAGGCUAUCCUGUGAAUAAAUGCUUUUAAAUGAAAAUAGAUGUUCUGCGUAUUACACAAGUUUUCAUUUUCUUCAACCUUGCUCAAAGAUUCAAAAGCCCUAAAAUUCAAUUUAGGUGCCCUUUUUAAAAAAAUAUUUUCAACAAAAACCCUCAACUAGUUUAAUCUAACGCGUGAUUAUUAUGGGACAAAGACUUGAUAUAUACAAAUAUUUUACGAACGCGCUAUGAUCUCCUUUCACAAUCAUAUAUGAUCGAAUAAGAUUAGGCCUUCUUUGCAGCAAAAUUUACCAAAUCGAAACCAAACAUAAGUUUUUUAAAAAAAUAUAUACGGAUGUCUAUGUUAUCUUUAAAGCCCUAAGCUAAGAGAACUAUAAUUGCAUGCCUUAUUUUUAGAAGAACUAAUUGCAUUGUUUACCCUCCCAUAAUCACAUGAUUUGCUCUCUUCUUUUUGUUCAACACGUGAUUUGUUCCUUUUUGUUUUGAUGUUAUUUUUUUUUGUUUAUUCCACUUUAUCUAAAUAGUGCAUAUAUUUCAAUCUAUCUUUUCUAAACACAUCCAAUGUUUGAAUAAAAGUAGGGCCAUCAUGGAAAAAAAGUCUUUGAUUCUCCUGCAAGAAAGUCAACCACUAAGGUCAGCCAGAAUACAUCUGAGAUGACGUCUUUUAUUAAUGUGGAAACUAUUCUACUCGUGCCCAGGACAAAAAGAAAGUGCCUAAAGUACGUGAUCCGAACAAUCUUAUAACAUUUAAUGAGAUCUGGUCAAAUCACCAAACUAUUUGUUUAUACGAGAAAAUCACAUCCUAGUCUUAAAGACAAGUCUCAUCAUCAUUACAAGAAAGCCAUCUAUCUUGUCCCAAUACUAAACCCUAACAACAACAUCACAGUUAGAAAAACUUCAAUCUCUUAAAUGGUGAGUCUAUUUUCCUCAAGGAAGAGAUCGAGGAAAGAAAGAAAGAACCCUUAUUCAGAUCUCGGACUCGAAAAGUUCUCUGCACUUCUCUCCGACCUAGACGAGAAGAGACAAAGCAUUUACGCAACGAGGGUCGACUCAGAUGGGCCGCCACUUGUUCGGUUUGUGUUCAAAAGCUCGGGAGAGUGCGUCCCUAUCAUGAUCAAGACAAAGAAGGUAACCAAGAAGAAGGAUUCUCAAGAUGAUUUAAACGUCAAGAUCGAAACAAAAGUGGAAGAGGAAAACGAAACAAAGAAAACAGAGUUGGUAACAGAGCAGAAACAGAGCUGUGUAUUGAACGAGAAUCUGAAGAAGAUUUCAAGACCGAAGCAUUUUUUACCCGUGACAACAAUCUUGGUUCUAAUCUUCUUCGUGUUCUUUGGACGAACAGUAUCGAUCAUGUGCACUUGUAUAGUUUGGUACUUGGUUCCAUUGAUCAAGGAACAUUGCAGAAGGAGAGGAUCAUCACAACAUGAGACCGAAAAGAAAAACAAGAAGAAGUUUCCGCAUCUGGUUGCUCCGGGUAAAACACGACGAAAACUUAAUUAACUUCUUUUUUUUUUGAAUGUUUUGUGCAUAGUUUAUUUUGUUUAAACGUUAAUAGUUGUUAAUAGUUUUGAAAUACAAAAAUCUGUAAAUUGUGAUUUUUAUCAUUUUUCUAUUGUUAAUGAUAUGUAAUUAUUCAAAGUUUCCGUCAUUCCUUGAUUCAGUUCUACAUAAUUAGUUGAAUGUUUAAUCUGAUUGAGAAUUUUAGGGUCUACUUGUAUUUUUGGACAACAUGAACUAUUUUCACUUGUUUAUUAUACUAACGGUUGGUUUCUAUAGGGAAAUUUACUGAACAAUAUAUUAAAUGUUCUUUAACUGCAAUUUGAAACAUGGAGUUCGGUACUAGUUAGUUAGGCCGGUUUGAGGGAAACUUACCAAAGUCAGACCAGUCUAAAUUGGCUUGGUGUUUCGGUUAAUUUGAAAUAAAUGUCUUAAAACCCUGUCCUUUUGUUACAACAUCAACGGUCUAGCCUAAAUCAAAAGUAAUGUAUCAUGAUUUACUAACAAAUCAAAAGUAGAGGAGGAGAAAUAGAAAAAGAAUACAAAGUUGCUAACAGAGAAAAACAGAGUUGUGUAUUGAAUGAGAAUCUAAAGAAAACCCGUGACAACGAUCUUGGUAUUGAUCUUCUUGGUGUUCUUUGGAUGAACCGUGUCGAUUCUGUGCACUUGUAUCGUUCAUUACAUUGUUCUAUUGAUCAAAGAACAUUACAGAAUGAGAAGAUCAUAAUCAUACAAGAUAGAAAAGAAAAACAAGAAGAGUUUCCGCAUAUGAUUGCUUCUGGUAAAAUCAUGGUGACCAAAAAUUAAUUAACUCAUAAACACUAACCAGCACUGUCUCUUAAUAAAGUAGAAAGAAAUCAAACCUCAGUUAGUUCAUGAAAUCAAUCAUAUUUUAGCCUGG